AUCUUCUUCACCAACCACCAACUUUCUUCUUCUCCAUUGUCAAACUUGGCCUAUUUCUUCUUCUUCUUCUUCAAUUCAAACCCAUCUCACUCACUCUUCAAAUUCUCUUUCUCUCUCUGCUUUGUCUCACAGCUUUGAGUUCUGAGAAUUCUGUAAUCAGGGAUUAGAAAAUGGGAUCAGGACAGUGGCACAUUGAGAAAAGAAACAGUUUUAAAAACGAUUUUGACUCUGCAGAGUCUGAGACUUUUCCUGAAAAUGGGUCUCUUUCAAUUAUUGUCCUCGGAGCUUCUGGUGAUCUUGCCAAGAAGAAGACUUUUCCUGCACUUUAUAACCUUUUCAAACAGGGUCUUCUUCCAUCAAAUGAAGUUCACAUUUUUGGUUAUGCAAGGACCAAGAUCACGGAUGAUGAUCUAAGAGACCGCUUACGUGGAUAUCUUAUCCCUAAGAAUGGUGCCUCAUCCAAGGACUCGGAAGCUGUUUCUAAUUUUUUGCAACUGAUCAAAUAUGUUAGUGGAGCUUAUGAUGCUGAGGAGGGGUUUCGGCUAUUGGAUAAGGAAAUUUCAAAGCAUGAAGUCUCAAAACAUAGUGCAAAUGGAUUAUCUAGGAGACUCUUUUAUCUUGCACUUCCUCCAUCAGUAUAUCCGUCCGUCUGCAAGAUGAUCAAGCAUUAUUGUAUGAAUAAAACUGAUCUUGGUGGAUGGACCCGAGUUGUUGUUGAGAAGCCAUUUGGCAGGGAUUUGGCAUCUGCUGAGGAACUCAGUUCUCAAAUUGGAGAGUUGUUUGAUGAAUCUCAAUUGUAUCGUAUUGAUCAUUAUUUGGGAAAGGAGUUAGUGCAAAAUUUGUUGGUCCUUCGUUUUGCAAACCGCUUCUUUUUGCCCCUUUGGAAUCGUGAUAACAUUGACAACGUACAGAUCGUGUUCAGGGAGGAUUUUGGAACUGAUGGUCGUGGUGGUUAUUUUGAUCAAUACGGAAUUAUCCGCGAUAUUAUUCAAAAUCACCUGUUGCAGGUUCUCUGUCUGGUUGCCAUGGAGAAGCCCGUAUCUCUCACACCUGAGCACAUUCGAGAUGAAAAAGUGAAGGUUCUUCAAUCAGUCCUUCCAAUUAAGGAUGAUGAUGUUGUUCUUGGACAAUACGAUGGGUACAGAGAUGAUCCAACAGUUCCCGAUAACUCAAAUACUCCAACUUUUGCGACUGUGGUUCUGCACAUUCAUAACGAAAGAUGGGAAGGUGUCCCAUUUAUAGUAAAGGCAGGGAAAGCAUUAAAUUCAAGAAAGGCAGAAAUUCGAGUUCAGUUCAAGGAUGUCCCUGGUGAUAUAUUCAAAUGUAAAAAGCAAGGGAGAAAUGAGUUUGUUAUUCGCCUUCAACCUUCAGAGGCCAUGUACAUGAAGCUUACGGUUAAGAAGCCUGGACUGGAGAUGCAAACAGUUCAAAGUGAACUUGACUUAUCAUAUGGACAACGUUAUCAUGAGGUUGCAAUCCCUGAAGCAUAUGAACGCCUAAUACUCGACACAAUAAGAGGCGAUCAGCAACAUUUCGUUCGCAGGGACGAGUUAAAGGCUGCAUGGGAGAUCUUCACCCCUCUUCUGCACAGAAUCGAUGAUGGUGAGCUGAAGCCGCUCCCAUACAAACCCGGGAGUCGAGGCCCCGAGGCAGCAGAUGAGCUGCAGGCGAAAUCGGGUUAUGUUCAAACCCACGGCUAUAUAUGGAUUCCUCCAACAUUGUAGAGUGUGGUAACUUAGCUCUACAGCUCUAGCAUGAUCUGCCAAUAUAGUUGUUUUUGUUUCUUUUUGUAUUGUAAGCUAUUCCGAAAAAAAAAUAUAUGGUAUGGCGUGUGACAAUGUCCAAUAAUGGUAAUUUUGUUAAAUGCAAUUCUAAUAAUGUUGUCUUUAA